GCUCCUUCAUUAAAAAAAAAAAAAAUAAUAAAAAAAAAACUCCAAACUGGAAAUUUUUUAGAAGAAAAUUGAUUUUUGCCCUAGCCCCCUUAUGACAAUCUGACUCUUUCUACGUUUGUUUUUCCACUCUUGCUACUCGCAUUUCUUUCCCAGCUUAGGUGCGUGUCUCUCAGUCUCAGCUUCGUUGGUACUCCGAUAAGGGUUGGCAUGCUGGUAUUUUGGGAUUCAGUCAUACCCCCGUUAAGUUGUGGUGAUUGCUUUCAUAUUCUUCCAACAUGUCAUCCCUAAGGAAUGCAGUUAGUAGACGGGCUCAUAAGGAGCGACCUCAACCGCAAGAAAGGAAAAGAUUUGGUCUCCUUGAAAAGCGCAAGGACUAUGUAGAGCAUGCAAAAGCAUUCCAUAAAAAGGAGGAGGCUAUACGAAGGCUCAAAGAGAAAGCGGCAUUUAGAAACCCAGAUGAGUUUUACUUCAAAAUGAUUAAGACACAAAGACACGUCAUCAUUGACUAUAGCAGAAGACUCGCAAAUAAAUACACUCCAGAAGAGCUUAUGCUUAUGAAGACCCAAGAUAUAGGAUAUAUCCUCCAGAAACUGCAGAGUGAGAAAAACAAAAUUCAAAAAUUGAUUGCCAUGCUGCAUUCUCUUGACAAUCAGUCAUCCAAUAGACAUAUCUAUUUUGCUGAAGAUUGGGAGGAUGCUAAAGAAGUACAAUCUCGCUCUUCAAAGGGCAGAAUGUUGCCUGCUUCUGAUGACAUUCCUGAGCAUAUAAAAAGGAAAACAGCUUCUUCCUACAGAGAACUGGAAGCGAGGAGGAGUAGAGUCAGUGACUUGGAGAAAAUCUACAUGGAUAUGACAAUGCAGAAGGAAUUACAGAAAAAAGGAUGAAAGCGUAAGCUUCAUGAGGAUGAGAUUGUCAAUCCCACAUCCAAACCUGUAUACAAAUGGCGGACUGAGAGAAAGCAUUUAGGAGGAGAUUGUCUUGAUUUGUAUUGAGCUUUUCUUUCAGAAUUUUGUACUACAAUAUUCGAGAAAUGGUGCCAGAGUUGGCUUUCAUUUCCAACUGUAGAUUAAGAAACUAUGAGAUGUUCAGGUGACAACCUAGUUUAUUUGUUGUUUUAGAUUGUAUAUAAAUAAUUUUAACUAAGUUCCAAGAUGCAUAUUUCUAAACGUAUAUUUUACUUUUUUAUUUUA